AUGGACCAGAGCUCUGGCGACAUGCGGCGGCAGUUCCCCCGUCAGACCAUGGACCUGGUGGAUGAGCGUGUGCGAGUGCUGGCGGAGCAGGUGUAUGUGUCAGCGAUGAAGAACCAGGGCGCUUUGUUCACGGUGUCUGAGGACUGUCCCAUCGAGGCACAGGAGGAUCUGCAGAGGGCGCUACAGAGGGAGAGGGAGGACCAGACUGACCACUGCUCCAAGAAGAAGAAAUCCAUGAUGCUGCGGCGCUCUCAGACCUUAUCUCUGCAGAUCCCAGACUGGGGAAGUCCAAGUCCCAGUACUGCUCCAGUCCCUGCUCAGAUCCCAGAGCCUCCUCCCACUCUGCAGGUCCCAGAGUUCCAGAGAGUGACCAUAAGUGGAGACUACUGUGCAGGGAUCACGGCAGAGGACUAUGAGCAGGCCGCCCACACUCUGCUCACAGCCCUCAUUAUCCGGGAGAAGUACUCCAGACUGGCCUAUCACCGCUUCCCCCGAACCACCGCACGCUUCCUCCGGGAGUCCCAAGACCAGACUUGGACCCAAGACCAGGAGGUUCUGCCAGACAUCUGGCCGGGCCCCAUGAAAGGACAGGACCCUUACUCCACAGAGGGAAUUCCUGAGGAUCUGGACUAUGUGCUGCAGAUGAAGGAUGGGAUAGUCCAGGUCUAUAACCAGACUGAGGACCUGGAUCUGGACAGCCCUCGCAGUCUGCCCUACCCCGACCUGGAGACCUUCGCCAGUGACCUGAGUCACGUGCUGGCCAUGAUUGCAGACGGACCCACUAAAACUUACUGCCACAGACGUCUAAACUUCCUGGAGUCGAAGUUCUACCUCCAUGAGAUGCUGAACGAGACCGCAGAACUGAAGGAGCUGAAGUGUGUGGCCCACAGGGAUUUCUACAACGUACGAAAGGUGGACACUCACAUUCACGCCGCAGCCUGCAUGAACCAGAAGCACCUGCUGAAGUUCAUCAAGACCUCGUUCCAGACUGAGGCCGAGCGCCCAGUCCUACACCACGGCGAUAAGAUCCUGACCCUCAAACAAGUGUUCGAGAAACUGAACAUGGACCCGUACGACCUGACCGUUGACUCGCUGGACGUCCACGCUGGUCGGCAGACCUUCCAUCGCUUUGAUAAGUUUAACUCAAAGUACAAUCCUGUGGGAGCAUCAGAACUACGGGAAAUCUAUCUCAAAACGGACAACGACAUCAACGGGGAGUACUUCGCCCGACUGGUCAAGGAGGUGGCAGCAGAGCUAGAGGAGAGUAAGUACCAGCACGCAGAGCCACGCCUCUCUGUGUACGGCCGCUCACCGCAGGAGUGGGACGCUCUUUCGAUCUGGUUCCUCCAGCACCGAGUCUACUCCCCCAACAUGAGGUGGAUCAUCCAGGUGCCCCGCAUCUAUGACAUCUUCAGAUCAAAGAAGUUGGUGUCAAACUUCGCUGAGAUGAUGCAGAACGUGUUCCUGCCGCUGUUCGAGGCCACUGUGCGACCGCAGCAGCACCGCGAACUGCACCUGUUCCUCAGAUAUGUGACUGGUUUUGACAGUGUGGAUGAUGAGUCCAAACACAGUGAUCACAUGUUUUCAUACAAAAGUCCUACACCCGAGUGCUGGGACUCGGAGAAAAACCCUCCGUACACAUACUACCUGUUCUACAUGUAUGCUAACAUCAUGGUGCUGAACAACCUAAGGAGAGAGCGUGGUUUGAACACAUUCCAGUUCCGUCCUCACUGUGGUGAAGCUGGAUCCAUCACUCACCUGGUAUCGGCUUUUCUCACGGCAGACAAUAUCUCCCACGGACUGAACCUGAAGAAGAGCCCUGUACUGCAGUACUUGUACUACUUGGCCCAAGUGCCCAUCGCCAUGUCUCCUCUGAGCAACAACAAUGACCCACUGCUGUUCCACUACACAAAGGAGCCCCUGAUGGAGGAGUACGCCAUUGCUGCUCAGCUCUGGAAGCUCAGCACCUGUGACCUGUGUGAGAUCGCCAGAAACAGUGUCCUUCAGAGCGGCCUGUCCCACCAGGAGAAGCAGCACUUCCUGGGUCCUCAGUACCUCAAGGACGGUCCUGAAGGAAACGACAUCCGCAGAUCCAAUGUGGCUCAGAUCCGGAUGUGUUACAGAUACGAGACUCUGUGUAAUGAACUCAGCUUCCUGGUGGGGGCAGUGAAGAGCGACACUGGACCGUAG